ACACACCCAAACACAUACAUUUAAAUUAAUUCACAAAUAAUUCUUUCCCGUUGAUCCGUUCGCCAAUAAAUAGAAACUCUUUAAAGAAAAUAUCGCUUUCAAAAGUGACAUUAUUUGAUGAUACGUACGGUAUAAAAACUGUAUUAGUACACAACGUAAAAGCGAUCAUCAUAGGCAUAACAUUACAUAUUAAUAUAUAUGCAAACACGUUGAGACUCCUUACAAAAAUACAUGGAACUAAUUUUUCAAUUCGUUGUGUUGGUUAUGUUCUGCUGCUUUUUGAUUUGCAUUUGAAGUGAAUUAAUUACUAUAUAAAAACUAAAAGCCUUCGAAAAUACUCGUACAAAGGGAUAUAUAAACUGUUGGUGUUUACUCCAUCCAAAUCAGCAAUGGAGCAUGGUCUUCACGAGCGCGAUCGUGUUGGGUUACAGGAUUUUAUACUGCUUGAAGAUUAUAAAAGUGAACAUGCAUUCAUCGAUAAUUUGCGCAAAAGAUUCCAGGAAAACAUUAUUUAUACGUACAUAGGGCAAGUCUUAAUAUCGGUAAAUCCGUAUAAGGAAUUACCGAUAUAUACGGAAAAUGACAUUAAAGAAUACAAGAAUAAACAUUUCUAUGAAAUACCACCGCAUAUUUUUGCGAUAACUGAUAACGCUUUCCGAUCAUUGAUACAAGAAAAUAGAGGGCAAUGUGUUCUAAUAUCAGGUGAAAGCGGUUCUGGGAAAACUGAGGCAUCGAAAAAAGUUCUACAAUAUAUUGCGGCUUGUUCGGGUCAUCAGCGUACCGUCGAGGGCGUUAAAGAUAAACUAUUAAAAUCGAAUCCAGUAUUGGAGGCAUUCGGUAAUGCCAAGACAAAUCGCAAUGACAAUUCUUCGCGAUUUGGCAAAUAUAUGGAUAUACAAUUUGAUUUUAACGGCACGCCUAUCGGUGGUAAUAUAUUAAACUAUUUAUUGGAAAAAUCACGUGUAGUCAAUCAAAAUGUUGGCGAAAGAAAUUUUCAUAUAUUCUAUCAACUUUUGGCUGGAGCCAGUGACGAACAAUUAAAUGACUUAAAGCUUCAGAGAACACUGAGUAAAUAUGUUUAUCUCAGCGAUGGGGAGAAAGGGCGUGUAAAGACAAUUGAUGACGCCAAUAAUUUUCGAAUUGUUCAGCAAGCCAUGAGUGUUAUCGACUUUUCCGCUGGGGAGCAGAACGAUAUAAUAAAUAUAAUCGGUAGUAUUUUACAUUUAGGAAAUGUACAAUUUGUUGAAGAGGAUGGCAUGGCUAAAAUUGUUGCAACGGAUGCUAUAGAAGCUGCUGCGAAACUCACUGCCGUCCAUUUAGAAGAUUUAAAGGCUGCUCUAACAAACCGUACUAUAGAUGCUCGUGGCGAUGUCGUUACAUCACCAUUGAGUCGCGAAUUGGCUAUAUACGCUCGGGAUGCUUUAGCGAAAGCUAUCUACGAUCGUUUAUUCUCGUGGUUGGUGAUGCGUCUUAACGUCUCUUUGCAAGCGAAAGAUUUGCAUAAAGCUCGUAACACCGUUAUGGGUAUUUUGGAUAUUUACGGUUUUGAAAUUUUCAAAACCAAUAGAUUUGAACAAUUUUGCAUAAAUUUCUGCAACGAAAAAUUGCAACAAUUAUUUAUUGAGUUAACGCUCAAGUCCGAACAAGAGGAAUAUCGACGUGAGGGUAUUGAAUGGAUACCUGUCGAAUAUUUCGAUAAUAAAGUUAUAUGCAAUUUGAUUGAAGAGAAACAUAAGGGUAUAAUUUCCAUAUUGGAUGAGGAAUGUUUAAGACCAGGCGAUCCUACCGACUUGACUUUUCUGGCCAAGCUGACCGAUCAACUGGCUAAUCAUGCUCACUAUUUGUGCCAUCAAAAAGCGCCUAUACAAAUUCAAAAAACUAUGGGCCGUGACGAAUUUCGUUUAGUUCACUAUGCUGGUGAUGUGACUUACAACGUAACCGGCUUCUUAGAUAAGAACAACGAUCUAUUAUUCCGCGAUUUAAAAGAAUGCAUGAGUAAAUCUAAUAAUCAAGUUACGCGCGUUUGUUUUCCAGAGUCGGAAUAUUUAAGCAAAAAACGGCCUGAAACUGCCGUUAGUCAAUUUAAAACUUCACUUAAUAAUCUAAUGGACAUUUUAAUGUGUAAGGAACCUUCUUAUAUACGGUGUAUCAAGCCCAACGAUUUACAAACGCCCGGCGUGUUUGACGAUAAAUUAAUUUCACAUCAAGUUAAAUAUUUGGGUUUAAUGGAAAACUUACGUGUGCGCAGGGCUGGCUUUGCUUACCGCCGAACAUAUGAAAUGUUCUUGCAUCGGUAUAAGUGUUUAAGCAAACAGACUUGGCCCAACUUUAGAGGACCCGCUAAAGAGGGGGUUCGAAUUCUUAUUAACGAACUUGACUAUAAUAGCGAAGAUUAUCGUUUCGGGGAAACUAAAUUGUUUAUACGUUUCCCGAAAACCCUAUUUAAAACUGAGGAUGCAUUUCAAGAAAAAAAACAUGAAAUUGCAGCCAUUUUGCAGUCGCGUUGGAAGGGACGCGAGCAACGAAAAAAAUAUCUAAAGCUACGUGAAAAGAUUAUCAUAUUGCAAUCGCAUUGUCGUCGCUAUUUGGCCCAGCAGAAGGCUAAGAAGAAGCGUGAAGCUUCGAAUAAAAUCCGAGCAUUUAUAAAGGGUUUCAUAACGCGGCACGAACCUUUAAAUUGUUACAAUGAAAAUUUCAUUGCUAAUGCAAAGCGUAUGUGGCUUCUCAGACUUGCUAAGUCUUUACCCACUGAUGUCCUAGAUAUGAGUUGGCCUUCUGCACCAUCUCACUGCCAAAAGGCUUCGACUUACUUGCAUCGGUUGCAUCGUUUGCAUUUAGCACGUAAAUACCGUCUCAAAUUAUCUGCCGCAAAGAAACGUCAAUUCGAGCUAAAAAUAUUAGCUGAAAAAAUCUUUAAAGGUAAAAAGAGUAACUAUUUUGCCAGUGUGCCGUUUUGGUUCAAAAAUGAUCGAAUACCAAGUGAACAUCAAGUGCAUAUUAAUAAUUUUAUUACUACAUCCUUAAGGAGCGAAUCCCUUAAAUACGCUUCCAGUUGCAUUAAGUAUGAUCGUCAUGGUUAUAAAUCACGUGAUCGGUUCAUAUUGCUAACGAAUAACGCAAUCUAUAUACUCGAUGGGAAAACUUAUAAGCAAAAGCAUCGUUUACCGUUGGAAAAAAUUGAUUUUCUUUUAACUAAUCAUAGCGACGAUUUGAUGGUUAUACGCAUACCAUUGGAAUUGAAGAAAGACAAGGGUGACUUAAUAUUGGUCAUUCCCUAUGUUAUCGAGUUCUGCUCCUUUAUCAUUGAUACUGUCGGAACAGCAAACAUUCUUAAUAUAGUCGGAAGAGAUUCCUUGGAGCAUAAUGUUGUUAAGGGCAAAUCUGGUGUUAUUGAUAUACAAACGGGAGAUGAGCCGGGAAUUAUACGCGAUAAAAGCGGUCAUCUUGUUGUCAUUGCUGGUCAGUAAAAGUGGGAAUAUUCAAACUUGUUACCAUGGUUUUAAACUAAAUUUGUUAAACAUAUUAGUAAAUUGAACGUACAACACAAAGAAGAGGAGAUUACAAAUUUUCUGAUAAUAUUUUUGAAGAAGA